CAUACAAGCCAGAGGCGCGAGCAUACACGUGCAUGUACCAUAGUCCACCGGCAGUGAUCACAGGGGAGAUGCCCUGCCGUGGCAAGCGCCGAGCAUGCAUGUUCCCGUGAUCAAUUCCCGUCGUCCACAACAACAACAAACAACAAGGACUCCCUAGUAUGGAUCAGCUUCCGCCGAUGCCGUGUGCCAGCGUGUCGCCAAUGGGCAGCGGCACAUACUUAAAGCACAGCCAGCCACGCCCGCACACUCUACCGCCUCCAACUCCUCUGUUUCGGCUCUGAAUCCAUCGCAGCGUGUGUGUGCGUGUGUCAUCUGCUUUGGCUACCGUUCUCAUUGGAUUCCAUCCUUGCCGCUCGGUGUCAAUUGUCCUUGCGCAGCCGCCCUGCACCACCCCAGCCGUCUUCCCCAUCGCGACAGCGCAGAAUAACAGCCGCAACCCACCAUGGCAGUCCCCGUGGCCGCACCCGCAGAGGGAGAGCAACCCAAGAAGGUGGCGCAGCCAAAGGAUGCAGAGACCUUCUACGUCGAUGCCGUCCUCUUUGACAUGGACGGCACGCUCGUCGAUUCGAUCGCAGCCGUCGAGGCAGCCUGGGGCGCCGUUGCUGAGGAGCUUGGCCGCGACCCGGAUGAGGUAAUCGCCGCGACGCACGGCAAGCGCGCCGUCGACAACCUCGCAUCGCUCAAGCCCUGGAUCCGCAGCCACGAGAUGGAUGACGCAGUCGUCGCAUUCGAAACAACCAUCCUCGAUUACGCCGACGGACGCCGCACGCCGUCCAUAUCCUCGCGCCGCAACUCGCGCUCGGGCUCGCGUCGCGCCUCGUCCUCUGCCGGCGUCGCCGGGCGCAAGCUUUCUCAGGGCUCGCUCAGCGGCGGCGUAUCGGCAUUUGGCCUCUCGCAGGGCCUGUCGAAGCUGAGCGACAUCAAUGCCGCGUCAAAGGAAACACCCGCGUUUGACGACGAAGACGAGGACGACGCGGCACUCAGGGAGGACCUCGCCGAGGCGCUCGACGAGGAGGAGCUUGCGUUCGAUGGCGCGAUCCGUAUCCUGCCGGGCGUCAGGCAGAUGAUCGACGCAAUCCCCGAGGGCAUGUACGCCGUCGCGACGUCGUCGGCGCGCACGUACGCGUACGGCGCCAUGCAGCGCGUCGGCAUCGUCCCGCCGCAAGUGACCAUCACCGCCGAGCAUCCGGAGCUGAAGCGGGGAAAGCCGCACCCGGACCCGUUCCUGCUGGCCGCCAAGAAGCUCGGAUACGACCCGCGGCGCUGCCUCGUCAUUGAGGACUCGCCCUCGGGCAUCCGCGCCGCCGUCGCCUCUGGCGGUAUCACGAUCGCCGUCUGCACGUCACACACGUACGAGAAGGUCUGCAGCCUCGGCGCCCACCACGUCGUCUUCUCGCUCGACCAGGUUACUGUCACCCACGAUGAACAGCUCGGCUGCCUCAAGGUCGUUGUGCAGCACCCCCCCCACGCGAUUGACGCCAUGAACGCCGGAGAGGUGUGCCAGGGUCUCCUGCCAGAGGAGGUCGACGCGGCCAUCGCCAAGUUCAAGGAGCUGGACAUUGCCAAGAAGAAGAGGAACAAGAACAAGAAGGAGCAGGACGCCACCACGGCCGCUGCUGCCAAGGCGGCUGCCGUUGGCGCUGAACUGGCCACGCCGGCGGCUGCGUGAACUUGCUUACCCGGCACUGUGCCAGCGUGCGUGGCGUGCUAUCGGCCCGCGCCCCACAUGCGGGAUCGAGGCAGAUACGGGUGAUGGUGGAGAAUAGACAAGCCCGUGGCGGUCGUAGGUCGCGCGAGCGAGCGUGGCCGCUUAUACAUGUGCGCGUACGCCACAUGAUGUGCGUUUUAGUAGCGGCAACGACAGGAACGAUGAGGGCGCUCUUGUUUUCGCAUUUGCUUCGUGCUACAUUAUGUACCGCCCUACAAUCGAUCGUUACAGCCAGCCAGCGUUCGGUCCCAGAGCUUCUUUGAUGAAACAAGCAGCGCUUGGAGUAUGUGUUCGAGAGCGUGGAUUGACGCAUGGGAUAAGUGUAUUUGAUACAAAGGGGGUGGGGUAUCCAGCAUGUGUUUGGACAAUAGCUUUCUUG